CGCUCCCACUUGGAGUCGACUGGCAAUAUGCCAUCAGCGACUCCCUCUUCCUCCUCUACGCUACCAGCGUCGGCAUCUCUGUACCCUCUCGCCAUCAUCGACGUCGGCUCGGACUCAUUACGACUCUGCCUCCAGCCCUCUGCACCCGCUGCGCCUUCUGCGGCGCUCACCUCGUCCAAGGUGCACCGCUGCCCAAACGCAAUUGCCCGCACUCGCCCGCCAUCGAAGCAGGUCUACAUCGGCUCGGCGAUCGAGGAGCGAUGCAAUGACUAUUCGGGGCUCGUUCUGCGUCUGCCCAUCGAGCGCGGACUCAUUACGGAUUGGGUAGCGCAAAAGGCGAUCUGGGAUGUCGAGAUUGCAAAGGCGCUGCGCCAAGUGAGAGGCCAUGCCGGCGGGGGCAAGUUGCUCGAGGGUUGGAACUUGAUAAUUACAGAGGCGUAUUUCAAUCUACCAGAGCUCGAAGUUGGGCUGGAGACGAUGCUCUUUGAGGAGUACGGGGUGCGCGGCAUCUGGAGGACCACGGCGGCGCAGUUGGCUUCCUUUGCGCCGAUUGGAGUCGAGGCGCAGGUGAAGGCCAAGGCGAAAGGCCAGGAAACCCAGCAGGUACACUCACAAGGAGAAGAAGCGCUCAAGCCCCCGCCGCCAGCUUCGUCUCCGCUGUCCUCGUCUCCCUCCAAGGACCCUGCGUCCAGCCCUCAGCCUCCGCCAGCCAAGCGACCUCGACGCUCCGCAGCAGCCUCCUCACCGACCUCGCCCCCGCCCGCAAGCUCAGAAAGCGACGUGUCGAAGCGCUCGAAAAGCUCAGCGUUCUCCGGCCCCCGCCAGCCGCGUCGCCCCGAAGCCACUCUCAUCGUCGACCUAGGCAACAGCGCAAUCCACGCCGUCCCUGUCCUGCACAAUGAGCCCAUCUGGCGGGGCGUUAAACGCCUCGAGCUAGGAGGGAAAGUCAUGACCAACCUAUUGAAAGAGCAAAUCUCCUUCAAGCAGUGGGACAUGACGGACGAGUCGUGGCUCAUGGCCCGACUCAAGGAGCGCGCCUUCUUUGUGGCGGCGAGCGAGUACGAGGAGCCGCUGGAUGAGAGGCCGAGUAGCUGGACUCCGAAGAUGCUUCUGCAGAGGAGCGGAGCGAUCGAGCAGGAGUGGGUGUUGCCUGACUAUACGGGGAAUAAGGGGCUGGCGCGGGAUGUGGAGAAAAGGUACGGGCAUAUGCUGAGGGGCCCCGGAUUGGCGAGCGUGGACGGGCCCGAUGAUGACGAGGCUGCGAGAGAGGACGCCUGCAUCGCCGACUUGAGUGCGCUGCAGAGUGCACAAGAGGCUCAGCGUCAAGGCUCGGCCAGCGAGGAUGACGAGGACGAGGAAGACGACGGCGACUAUCGCGAGUCAGGCAGCGAAGACGACGAUGAGACGUCAGCGCCCAAGCCUGCGCCCAAACCUGCAUCUGUCGCUCCCGCGAAGAAGAAGGGCUCAGCCACACAAGACCCCGACGACGAUGAGCAACGCCUCCUACUCAGCCAUGAACGCUGGCAGAUACCAGAAAUCCUCUUCCGGCCCGAACAAGUGGGCCUCACCUCGACCUUGCCGCUCCCUUCGCUCAUACUGUCUGCCGCCCAAUCGGCCGCAGAAGGAGACGACGCCCUACUGGGCCUGCUCCUGUGCAACAUCACCCUUACAGGCGGGCUCGCCUCCAUGCCCGGAUUGCGACGUCGCGUUGAAGCCGACUUGCGGGCCAUCGCGCCAACGGAGUGCUUGGUGCGGGUCAGGACGCUCGAGGAGGCGGAGGGCGCUGCGAUCGAAGGGGCGAGGUGGUGCCCGGCGAAGUUCGUGCAGGGCAAGGUGAUGGCGAGGGAGCAGUGGGAGCAGGAGGGGACGCAGGGGAGCAGGGCCAAGUUCGGCAGCUGGAGCGCUACCAGUGGCGGUGGUGGUGGUGCGGGUGGCCGAGGUCGCGGCGGGAGUACGCAGCUCAAGGGCCGGUAGUUGACGAUUCAACGCGAGCUCACGCCACGCGCUUGUGCUUGCAAAAGUGCGGAUUGAUCGAAUCGUAGCAAUGACAACGAAACGGGCUACAAAUCGGUACAAAUGAAAGUUUCCCCUUCUA